UGCAACUCUGCGCCUGUGAACAGAACACAUUGCAUGUGGAAAUUAACAAGAAAAAUAGUUUUUGAUUGUAAAGAUAUAAAACUAGAAUUACGGUUUGAUUUAUUGCUGUUUAAAAUACACUUAAAGUGGAGUCAAUAUUAGCCGUAUUUUUUUUGUAAAUAAUUGCAUUGUUAAGGCACAUAUGCUCAGUUACGAUUCUGGAAGUAAUACACCAAUCUAUUAACAGAAUCAAAUGGUUGUGUGACGACUUAUUAAGUGGGUCCAAAAUCGCCCCAGAAAUCGUCAAUGAACGGCAAGGUUGACCGUUUUGGCGAUUUCCUAUACUACUAACUAACUAAUUAUACGUAAUGCAACAAGCUAUAUCAACUAUAUCAACACAAUCAGAUAUAGCGAAAGUCAUGCAGCCCCAUUCAGCACAAAAUAUGAUUUUGCCAGCCAAUAAAAAGACCAAAAAGUACGUUCAACAGGUGCCAUCUUCAAAGCCACAAUCCCUUCAGCAGCCCCUGCAACAGCAGCAUAGUCAUCCUACAUCACAGCCUCAGUUUCAGAUAAAUAAGGCUUACAAUGUGGUCUCCAUUCUUAAGGCAACAGCGCAGAAUGCUCACCAGACCCCACACCUGACGCACCAGCAACAACCACCAUCCCAUCAUAUCCAGCAAACAAAGCAGCAUCAACAAAGCUAUGCGAACGUUGUAAAUAGAUCUAUAUCUGGUUCAGGACCUGUUGGAGCCCAGCAAUCAACGGUUAUAUGCAACGGCUCCAACAUAUUGACAGUAAAUAGUUGUCAACUAACGUCUGGUGAUUUGAAUUCGACCGCCAUUUACAACCUAUCCAAUCACAGGGCAAUACCUGGAUGCCUAGAUGGAAACGUUCGCUUUCUCAAUGUACCGGACAUUACAAAAAAUGGCAACCACAUCGGUUGCGCAACAGUAGUAACAAAUACCUCGAUCCCCGUAGUCGGGAAUGGAACGAGUUCUUGCAACGGAGCCAGUAAUAACAGUCAAAUAACGUUGCCUAAUUCGCACAUAGGAUCAACUAUGGGUGUCGCUCUGGGCACGACUACAGCAGGGACAAACUACAUGCACGACAAGAAUAUCGUUGGUGUUAGCGUCAAUUCUGUUGAUACGAGUAGAAAGUAUGAUUUCAAAAACAGUAGUUUGGUAACAAAUAAUAGCUUCCAAGCAUCGACAGCAGAGUAUGUAUCAACCGGAAACAACAGUUCUGGGAAUAACCGUCCUAAUCCACCAAGUGGCGGAAUAUUUCGAGGACCACCGACACAGAAUGUCCCAAGAGGUGCUAGCAGCGGUCGCCAUCUCCAUGUACAACCCAUGUACUCACAGUCCCUUCACCAGAACAUGGUGCUACAACCAUACACACAAUAUAAUCCGCGACAACAAACAUUUCCAACUUCACAUUUGCAAUAUGCACCCGCCCCAAUGCCCUACUACCAGUACCAAUACGUGCCAACUCUCCAGCAGCAGCCGCCGCCACAUACUCGUAGUGCCGUUACGGUAAAUACGAACGUUAAUGUGGGAAACACUUUGCAGCCAGUGCAGUCCGGACCCAAUGGUCCACUGCCUGGUCCUGGGGCUACCUCGUCGCAGCUUCAAUUGCUUACUAGCACCGUGCAGCCUGGAGCAAACACUGUAAUGGGUGUCGGUGGUCCUGGCAGUGGAAUGGGAGUGCCUCCUAUGGUUGGAGUUGGAGUAAUGCCACCAAGUGUACAGCCGCAGCCCGUGCAGGUGCAGCCUGCAGGGAGACGCCGGCAUCAGCAUCGCUUGCAGAUAAUCGAUCCGACAACUAAAAAAAAUAUUUUAGACGAUUUAGAUAAGGGAAACUCAAAUACAGAUAAUGAUAACUCGGAACAAGUAACAGUCCUUUCAGAUGGCCCAAUCCGUGUUCCACAGCAAGAUGAUGUUGGAAAUAUUAAUUUAAGCAAUAUACCAUCACAAGGGUCUGAAUUAAGGACAACUGCAGCUUACACCCCCGUCGAUCCAAUAUCAAUAAGCCGCCAAGAUGUUGGGCAGACUCCAAUCGUAUCCGCCAUGUCUGAUGCACCUUCGGUUGAAAUAUUACCAACGCCUCAAAGAGGUAGAAGCAAAAAAAUUCCCAUAGUGUCUCCCAAAAAUGUAUCCGAGUCUACUAUUGCUCCUACCACCGAUGAAACGGAUGAUGCAGUAUCAAAACCUGUUGCCGCAACUACUAAGGAAUCAUUGCAGACAAAUCUGACGCAUCAAAAAUUACUCUCAUCCGAAUCAACGCAACAGAAGCAAACGACAUCAAAUACUGAGAUUACAAAGGAAGUGCCAACUGCAUCAGAAGAAACUAAUACUGCUGAAUUAGAUUCUGGUGGGUUCCCGGGAGACCUUUCAACAGAGUUGCUGGCUGUCACUGUGAAGAACAGUCAACCGACAUCAAAUGUUUCUGCCGAGUCUGAAAUCGCUGGUAUUGACGAAAUACCGCCCGCUGAAGUCAGUGCGGAUUCCUCCUACAUGCACACAAGUUUACAAGAUUCUGAACACACAUUGUCUACCGAAAUAAUAGUGAAAUCUACAGAUGAGAGUUUUAACGAUAACCAAAGCGAACAGCAAGCAACUCAACCAGAAAUAACAUUAAGAAGUGUCCCUAAUGACACAAAUUUAUCACCGAUGGCAUUAAAAGACGAGACUUGUUUGGACAAUGGUCAAACCGAAGCAGCAAGCACUAUAAAUGCUAAAGAUCAUGUUGACGUUUUAGAAAAGGCCCCUACUAGGGAGCCAACAAAAGACUUGCUUUCAUCGAAUAACACAGAAGUAGAUGUAGAUCGCCAGUCCGAUUUAAAUUUAGACCUAAAGCCAGAGACGGACCUUGAGGAAAACGCCAAAUCUACUGAUAUAAAAAUUGAAGAAACAGGAAAUGCUGGAUCAUCUUGUAUCAACUAUAAUGAGGGUCAAUGGUCUCCAAGCAAUCCAAGUGGAAAGAAACAAUACAAUCGAGAUCAGUUGUUACAAUUACGGGAGGUAAAGGCCUCGCGAAUUCAGCCAGAAGUGAAAAAUGUAUCCAUUCUUCCUCAACCGAACUUAAUGCCAUCAUUUAUCCGCAACAACAAUAAUAAUAAGCGCGUUCAAUCGAUGGUUGGUAUGAUUGGCAAUCGUAACAGUGAAUCCGGAGGAAAUUAUAUUAACAAGCAGAUGUCAAUGUCAGGUGUUCAGGGUGGGGGUGGCAGAAGCAGCAUGAAAGGCAUGAUCCACGUUAAUCUGUCCUUAAAUCAAGAUGUAAAACUCAGUGAGAAUGAAAAUGCCUGGCGCCCACGAGCCUUGAACAAAUCAGACGUUGACAGUGACACAAAAUCAACGCAAGAAAAGGAUGAAUUGGUUCGUCGGGUUCGGGGUAUUUUAAACAAGCUUACUCCUGAAAGGUUCGAUACGCUUGUCGAGGAGAUUGUAAAAUUAAAAAUUGAUACACCCGACAAAAUGGACGAAGUUAUUGUGCUGGUAUUUGAAAAAGCAAUUGAUGAGCCAAACUUUUCAGUAUCAUAUGCCAGACUAUGCCAUCGUCUUAUUUCAGAAGUAAAGGCGCGAGACGAGCGUAUGGAAAUCGGCACCAAAUCUAAUUUGGCACACUUUCGAAAUGCUUUGUUAGAUAAAACAGAACGGGAGUUCACACAGAACGUCUCCCAAAGCACGGCAAAAGAAAAAAAAUUGCAGCCAAUUGUGGAUAAAAUAAAGAAAUGUAGCGAUGCAAACGAAAAAGCCGAACUUGAGGCAUUCUUAGAAGAGGAGGAAAGAAAAAUACGAAGACGCUCCGGAGGCACAGUUCGAUUUAUCGGGGAACUUUUUAAAAUAUCCAUGUUGACCGGUAAAAUCAUUUAUUCUUGCAUUGAUACUCUUCUUAAUCCCCAUUCUGAAGACAUGCUUGAAUGCCUAUGUAAGCUGCUGACAACGGUGGGUGCCAAAUUUGAACAGACCCCAGUUAAUUCAAAGGACCCUAGUCGGUGUUAUUCAUUGGAAAAAUCGAUAGCCAGAAUGCAGGCAAUCGCUUCAAAAACUGACAAAGAUGGUGCCAAAGUAAGCUCCAGAGUGCGUUUUAUGCUUCAAGAUGUUAUAGAUUUGCGCAAAAACAAAUGGCAAACUUCGCGAAAUGAAGCACCCAAAACCAUGGGGCAAAUUGAAAAAGAGGCAAAGAACGAGCAGCUUUCUGCGCAGUAUUUUGGUACACUUUCCAGUACUACGCCCGUUGGAUCACAGGGCGGCUCUGGUAAACGAGAUGAUCGUGGCAAUGCUCGAUACGGCGAAUCUCGUUCUGGUAGCGGGUAUGGCGGGAGUCACAGUCAACGUGGUGACAACGGAAAUCUGCGACACCAGCAGCAAAACAAUUCUGGCGAAGGUAGGGGCUCUGGCGGAGCUGGUCACUCCAAUGGAAACAAUGAUGACAAUACUUGGCAUGUGCAAACAAGCAAAGGUAGCCGUUCCCAAGCAGUUGACAGUAAUAAACUGGAGGGCCUGUCUAAACUUUCUGACCAAAACUUAGAAACAAAAAAGAUGGGCGGACUAACGCAAUUUCUUUGGAAUAGCAGCACAAGACAAUCAUCUGCUCCCACAUCAACACCAUCCAAUCCCUUUGCUGUACUAUCAUCCCUAAUAGAUAAAAACAGCACUGAUAGGGAUCGCGAUCGAGAUCGCAGUGGGCCCAGAAACAAGGGCUCGUAUAACAAAGGAUCUAUGGAACGCGAUCGUUAUGAUAGAGGUCUUCAUUCGAGAACUGGGUCAUCACAAGGAUCACGAGAAAACUCAUCCUCCCGCGGUGGCCAGCAAAGUCAGAGUCGCAGUUUGUUAAGUUCUACAGUUCAAAAAUCUGCUAGUCAUUCAAAAUACACGCAACAGGCACCAGCACGUCAUACUGGAAAAGCACAGUCAUCGCUGGUCAGCUCCAGCACCGGAGGUCUUUACCGUGGCAGCGAUCCACCGUCGUCUGCAUCUUCAUCUACAACGUUCCCGCAGGGUGUUCGUUCUAUAGCUCCGGUGGCAGUGUUCAAUGAGGCCAGUGAAACAGAUCUUAAGCUCAUCAUGUCUGUUGUCUCAGAAAUGAUUGAGCUUUCGGCAGCCUCGAAAGCAGUAACGCCCGCUGUAGUUUCGUGUAUGAAACGAGUACCAGAGGAACUGCGCUGUAGUUUCAUAUAUUACAUAUUAACAGACUAUUUGCAUUUAGCGAAUGUCGGCAAACAGUACAGGCGGUAUUUGGCCAUUGCUGUUUCCCAACUUAUUCAACAGAAUUACAUCUCUGUGGAUCACUUCAGACUGGCGUACAACGAAUUUACCGAGUACGCAAACGAUUUAAUUGUUGAUAUUCCAGAGCUUUGGCUAUAUAUUCUUCAAUUUGCCGGGCCAUUAAUUGUGAAGAAAAUCUUGACUGUAUCAGAUUUGUGGAACAAAAAUAUGAAAGACAGCAGCCCAUCACACGUGGCUAAAAAGUUCCUUAAAACAUAUUUGAUAUAUUGUACACAAGAAGUUGGACCGAAUUUUGCUCGAAGUAUGUGGACCAAGUUCAACCUAAAAUGGUCAGAUUUUAUGCCUGAAAAUGAAGUCCCUGACUUUAUUAAAUCAAAUAGACUAGAGUAUGUGGAAAACGAGCAAAAAUCGCCAGAGAUUGAGCAACGAGAGUCCCCAGAGAAGCACGUUAAAAAUGUGAUAGACCAUAUUGAGCACUUGCUGAAAGAAGGAACGACGGCAGAUAGCAUUAUUGAUUAUAGUAACGGAAAUAUAAUGGUGGUCGAUAAGUUGUUUAUAAGGGGAUUGACCGAAAAGUUGAGUAAUUUUUCAAUUCUCUACAAGGAAAAUAGUUAUAAACUUGAGUCCGAAACCUUCCAAAAGUUUUGCAUACCAGUUUUGCAACGAUACAUUGAUUCUAACGAAGACCAUCAACUUGAAUGCUUAUAUGCUAUGCAACUUUUGGUGCACGGCUUGGAGCAUCCCAGAGGCUUGCUGAGUGAACUAAUUGGCGAGCUUUAUGAUGCCUAUGUAAUACAAAAGGAAUCGCUCUAUAAGUGGCGUGAUUCAAAGGACCAGUCAGCUGGCAAGGGCGUUGCUGUAAAAAGCCUUAAUCCUUUUUUUAACUCGCUAUUAAACGAUUAAGCCAACUGAAACCGUAAAGUGGCUGGCCUAGACAGCAUACAUAUAAUAUUUGUAAUAAAAUUAAUUAAAAGCAGAGUUGGUGGGUAAAGAAUGUUCAUUAACAGUAUAUAUAGAUUUCGAAAUGGACUUAUUCAAUAGAGAUUCUGGUUCAUGCAUUAAGAGUAUAUGCCACAAUAUAAAAGUGUAUAACAUAUGUAAAAUAAAGCCAACCUAAAGAAAA